AUGGCAUCGAGUAAUGAUUCUCAAGAAGAAUUUAUGGAUGAUUUUGAAAGAAAAUUUGGAAAAAAUGGCCAAAUUACUGGUGAACAAGCAUGGAAAUUGGCACAAAAAUAUUAUCGAAAAAAGAAGGAACGAAAGAAUAACGAUAAUGGACGAAAUAAAGACAAAGAUUGUUACAGUGAUGAUGAUAAUGAUGGCAAGGAAAAAUGCAAGGAUAAAGACAACAGACGAAAAAAGGAUCAAAAGCGUGAUAGUGACAAUGAUAACAGACGAGACAAGAAUAAGAAACAUGACAAUAACAAAAGUGCUUGCCGAGGUUCUCCAGACAGACAUCGUCAUCGUAGUCAUUCUCAUGACAAACAUAAAAAACAUGGCAAAAAGCAUGGAAGACGUUCAAAGUCGGGUUCAUCAUCUAGUUCAUCCUCUCGAUCAUAA